CGUCACAGCACAGCGCCAAACGCCGAGUCUUUGUUGAGGUCAUUCGUAGAAAAUUUCCGAGUCAUUGUUGAACGACUGAACGUUGAGCUGAUGAGAACCGACCAUUUUUUAGUGUUUAUUGGAUUAUGAAUAGUAAUAACGUUUUACUUGCGAAAGUAAUCUUACCCAAAAGUAAAUAAACUAAUGGUUUAACUACUAUUAUGAUCAACAUUACAAACAAUUUGAACGAAAUGUUCGAAUUUGCAAAUGUCGAUGAUAAUGAUUUAGAUGGUGGGGAAGAUUUGGAAGACGGCGAAAUCUUCGACGAUGAAGCCGAGGCUGAAGACAGGUCGGAAACGGAAGUCCAGAAAACUCCCAAAGUCGACACCCAGAAAAAAGUGAGCGCUGCUCCUACAGCUGCUCGUGAUGCUUCUCCUGUCGCCAAAUCAGUAUUGAAGACCGAUGCACACAAUGUUCUCGAGAAGAAAAGCGAAAAGUUGGCUGGCCAACAACGUUGGGCGGACGAACGCGCGAAGAAAGAGGAGAAGAAUAGUGCACAUCUCGAGCCCGAGAAAAGGUCCAAAGAGAAGAAGCUGAAAAGGAAGAAAGCUAAAGAUGAGGAUAGCGAGAAUGAUGGCCCUAAGUUCAAGGAAAAGAAGCGGAAAACCAGCUUCGAAAGAGAACUUGAGAAGUUGGAUGACUCCGAUUACUUAGAUGAAGAGGAUGAACAGAUGUUGAACAUUAGAGGUGCUUCUCCUGGCAAGUGGAUGGAUAUUUUUACCGAUGAUGAAGAUGGAGGUAGCUUUGAUGGAAGCGAUGGAGGAAGAGAUAGAGAGAUGAUGAGAGGGGGAAGAGGGGGCGCCGCCCGAAGAAGAGGCUCAGGAUUCCGUGGAGGACGAAUUGAUAGACUUGGCAGGCGAGAGAGGGUAGUGAUGAACAGUCGAGGAAAGAGGAGGGGAAAGGGGAUCGGAAUGCGAGGUGGAAAAAGAAGAGGCGAGGAUAAGGACGUCUGUAUAUACCACAUGCAGGGCAAAUGUCACAGGGGCAACGACUGUCCGUUUUCGCACGACGUAGUCCCGCCUAGGAAAAUGGAACUGUGCAAGUUCUAUCUGAUGGACUGUUGCGCCAAAAAAGACAAAUGUCUCUACAUGCACUCCGAGUUUCCCUGUAAAUACUUUCACACGGGUCUCAAGUGUUUUGCCGGCAAAAAUUGUAAAUUCAGUCACGCCAAACUUACUGAUGAACUUCGAGCGAUUUUAAACAAGACGUAUGGACCUUCAGGUAUGAAUGAGUUUACAAGCACACAUCAGGAACAAUCUAAUAAUCACAGACAGCAUUUGGAGACAGCGCCGAAGGAUAUUCUUGGUGAUUUUCCAAGACUGAGAGAGGCAACCAGAAAUUUGAAAAAAUGUAAAAAUAUACCUUCUCUAUUCGACUUGAGAAUCUCUCCGCCACCAAGAGACAUGCAAUCAGAUUCAGAUGGUAACCACACCCCUAUGCCCUCUCCUACACACCAGCCUAAUAAUAAGGAUUUCUUCAGGGAGUCAAUGGAAAGGGAACACACACCACCUCAAAUGCACGAACGUCGCAGAGGCGAGCACCAUCACAAGAGCGAGCAUCGCUCGAGUAAAAGCGGUUCGCUGCAGCAGCAGUCGCGACGAACAGACCGCUUCGCCGAGAGCCCGGCAGAGAGUUCGCGCGGUGCGCGGAGGGACGAACGGCGAGAAAGCAGCAAAUCGGCGGGCAGGCGAUCGUCGCGGGAGGAUUCGGCGGGCGAACACCAGCACCACCCGCACCACGGACACCACCAUGGACACCAUCACCAUCACGGACACCAUUACAGCGAGAACAGUUCGCGCGCCGCGUCCGCGCAUGGGCCGAACAACAGUAGGCGACAGCAGUCGUUCUCGCCGCCGACCAACCAUCAUCACUACGACAGGGAGUGGCACCAUGACCAGGAGCAGAUGGAGGAAGAGGAGAGGGAGAGAGAGGUUUAUAUUCUCAAGUUACUGGAGCCAGAUUAUCGGAAGCAUGUAGCUCGAAAACGUCUAAAGGCACCAGAACCUGACCAAAGCAGUAACGACAUCCUUUCUCAUUUGCCGAAGAAGCAGAGGGAACUGUUCCUUCGCAUCCAGCAACAACAGAGACAAGCUGAAAACAGCCAGGAAAGUAAUCCAGAAGAUGAAGACCAAGACAACGAUUACAAUAAACAAGAAGAGAACUGGUAUUCAAGCGAUGAAGAAUCGACACUCACAACAAUACUGAAGAAUAUCAACAUUCCGAAAACUCCGAUGACAAAUUCAUCUCUGUCGCCCAAUCAAAAUCAACAUCAACAGCGGAAUCAACAUCAUCAUGAUCAACAGAGCCAUACACAAGUCUCUGAUGAUCAUCAACGGUCAUUUGCAUCAUCGUCAUCUUCUGCUCCACCGCAGGUCGCAAUUCCAGAUAUUGACUUUGGCGACGUUUCAGCUCUGCUCUCCAAAGUUAAACAACAUUUCCAGACCACUGCUGACAGAUCCAAAGUGCGCGACCCAAGACUCAGAGCCGACCCGGAACCGUCUGAAAUGCAACAUCAGCACUCCACGAGUAGUGGCGACUCUUCACACACUCUCUCAAACGCUUCCGCUCACGCGCGCACGCCACUCGCAUCCGCUCAGGCACCUACGCAGCUCUCGCCGUCAAUCAGUGCGAUUCUGAAUUCGGCCACCAGGGCGCACCACCAUCCUCAACCGACCUCUCGUUCUUCACCGCCCCCUCAUCAUCAACAGAAUGUCUCUCCUCCUUCUCUUCCUCAUUCUACACCUCACUCUCACACCCAUCAUCAAAAUGUCUCUCCUUCCCCUACUCAUUCAUCCUCUCAUUCCCACCACCAUCAAAAUGUCUCUCCCUCUCAUCGUCAUUCCCUCGAUUCGUACAGUCCGUUUCCCAGUUCGCAUCAUCACAAUCGUUUGUCAUCGUACCCUCCCGCCACUCCUUCGCUGAACGAUGAUGCUGAUGAUGAUGAUGACAUGGUCGAGGACAGCUUGAAGCUGAAGGGUCUGCCGUUCAAGCCGGUGCCGAUGCAUACGGCGGCCACCGAGAUAGACGCUUCCAUCAAUUCGCAUCCGCCCAUCGUGUACAGGCUCGUGCCCAUUGCCGUCUCCAAGCCUGACUACUCGUCUUUACAGAUUAUGCCUAAGGGCGGAGCACUGGAUCCGCGGUGGCGAAAAGCGGUGCGCUUCAGCGAGGAGUUAGGGGCGGGGGCGGGAGGUAACCGCCGCGAUCCCCGCCACCGCUUGGCCGCCGAUGACCCUCCCCGGCCGUCGCAUCCUUCCCUGUCCGUCCCCACCUCCGAUCCCCGCCAACGGGUCUCAGCCGCCUCCAUGCUGGCUCCACCAACGCCUAGAUACGAUGACGACUACAUGCCAUCCAGAGCCGCUGCGACGCCACAAAUGGACGCCACAUAUUGUCCGCCGACGCCACGUCUCGACGACGAACCACCGCAGCCGUCGCCAAUAGUGGCGCCCAAACUGCGGCUAAACGACCCCCGCCAGCGGCAACAUAUGAUGAAUCAGUCACUCUACGACCAGAUCAGGCAGCAGCAGCAGCAGAUGCAGUUUGUGCCUAAUCAGCAGCAAAUGAUGUUUGAUCCCAGCCGGCCUAUGUAUGCAAACGAUAUGUCAGCAAAUAUUAGUAGUAGGCAACCACAGUAUAAUAAUUAUAAGUGAGAUGAAUUUAGUUGCGGUAUCUACGUUGGCAAUAAUUACAUGCGGUACAAUAAGUGCAAUUCCCUAUAAAUCUCAUCCAAAUCAUUUUUAGCUGCACUUUAAAUCACAUUAAAUCAUGGAUUCCAGCCUGACAAGAUUGCCUUGUUGAAAACUCAAAGGUCCGGUUGCACAAAAGCCUGUUUAAUUGUAUAAUCGAUUAAUCAUCAAAAUUUUAAUCAACUUUCUAAAUAAUAAUUAUUAUCAAACAAUAAGAUACAAGAAGCGAUUCCAGAUUACUGUAAUAUGAUAUUAAAUGCCUUGAGAACCAAUCAAGGAAGACUUUUUAGUAAAGAAGACCUUUCUGAUUGUUUCUUGUGGCAUUUUAUCUUGGUUAAAAUUUAACGGAGGCAACUGAGGCUUUAUCCUUCAACUUCGUAUUGUUGAAGUACUAAUUCAAACGUUACAACCAUCAAAGUAUUAAAGGUGUUUUGCCUUUAUAUCAACUACAUUUAUAAGAUACCGAAGUAACUGGGACAAUCUUGUUGAGUUGUGAUUAAUUAAUCUGAACCGUAGGGUGAAACAGUUGAAAACAGUGUUGUAAAGUUCUAUUCGAAAGUUGCAAUUUCUUUUGUAACAGUUUGGGAUAAUGUUUGCCCUACCGUUUAGAUGAAGCUAUAAUCCAUUUUAACUCAGUUGACAUGUCAUAUAAAGUUUUAUCUAAAGAGACUAUAAUAAUCUUAUAUUUUAUAGAAUAUAAGGCAAAUGACAAAUUUCAAAACCAGAUUGGAGCAUGCUUGCUUGCAGACUCUUAUCUGCAUAUACUCGAAAUCCAAGAAAUACAGAGAACUAUAGACACAAUUAUUAAUUCUAUUAAAUGAUCAUAAGUAACCGGUAUUGUUUUCACAUCAACAAUAUAGUUGAAUUGAAUCUGAAACUUUAAUUGUAUUCAACUUAGUUUCAACUCAAAUAAUUCACUUUCUCUUCAAAUCAGGAACCUAUUUCUGAAACACACAUGUUGAAAAUGAUGUAAAAUACCAAUAACUUGAAAUGAUACAAUGACUUACUUCACUGUAAAAUACACAAAGCACAAAGUAUAAUGUGUUCCUAUGUUGAACAGUGUAUUUAUGCGAUCCAUUUUAUGAUCAUAAUUAACAUUUUUUGGAUCGUGUACCUCAUCAUGGCAAUAACUUGAUUCAGUAAGCUUUAAUUGAAUUAUUUUUUAAAUAUCUAUUGGUAUAAUUAAACAUUGGAACCACCAUCUUUUCAAUCAGUAAUCUUAAUAUACAAAUUAUGUUAUUGAAGUAUAACUUUCAUUUUCCAUAGGCAGUAAUAAUAUUGUUUUCAGUUGGAUUUAUUGGUCGAGAACAUUGCAGAGUCAGUCUUCCAUAUUGCAUUUGAAUAUAUUCAGCUUGAGCUUGUCUAGUUGUAGAAUUUCCUUGAAAAAUUUUAUCUUGAUUGUUGUAUUCCUUCAUUUACCUAAUUAGAAUUUGUUGUGUUAGUGGACAACACUUCUGGCUCGUCUAUAAAUCAAAUCUAUAUUUUCAGGUCUCAAUCAAUUAUUGAUCCAUUUAAAUGAGGGUCCUGUUUGAAGAAUAUUUCCAAACGUUAACGGAUUUUUUUAGAAUCCACCCAGUAAUCAUUGCAAACGUUUUGCAAAGAAAACAGGUUGUCACCGAUUGCUCAUGUUUGUACAAAUGUAUUCAUAUUGCAAUGCUCUUGAUCUGAAGACUUUAUUUAUUGGAACUUCCAAUAUUUAAGAAGUUUAUAGAUUCGAAAUUCAUCUAUGACUAGAAUGAUUUUUUAAAUUUUGUUUUGGUACUGUAUUGUUGCAAAUGAUUGUCCAAAACAAUGUUAGACAGAAAGAAGUCACUCUAUAGAUGAUUAUUGUCUCUACAAUUUAGAGGUCUGAUCUAUGUAACUAGUACAAUGACGUUUGUACGGACUAUAAACUUCCAUAUUAUUAUAUUUAUUUUAAAUAGAAGACAAUUCAAUAGUCAUAUUACAAUUAAAUUAUGGGUUAAUUUGUGUUAAGUUGUAUAAUAGGUAUUCAUAAUGAAUGCAAUUAAUAGGGUGGUUACCAUUUAAGCAUUCAGACUCAUGUACAGAUUUCAUUAAAAGAAAUGUUUUUGUUACUGUUUAAUAUAAGUUGAAUAUUAAUCUUACUAAUGAUACUCAUAUUAGCUUAGUUAUCAUUUAUGAUGUAUUAUAUAGGUUUUCUACCACCAAAAUUCUUCUUCCAGUGUCUUUGUUCUAUUUUGAAAUUGCGCCUUAGUUAAAUUGAAUCUUUUGCAUAGUGUUGUAUGCAAUGCAUUAAUUUAUUUAUAUGUAAAUCGUAAUGUACAGACUAAGUUUGUUGAAAUAAAUCGAGUUGAUUUAUAUUUUUUAUACGAUUCUAAAGCAUGGAAUUGAAAAGGCUGAGAUUGGAUGUUGAAAUGUGUAUAGUACGUACCUAUGUAAUAUUUAUAGAAGUUAAGAGCUAUUGUGGAUUAUGUAUGAUUGAUAGAAUUGUAAAUGAUUAUUUCUUACAAUAAAUAACUAUUUUACUUCUCAA